GUCGGUGUUUCAUUUCAUGUCAAAUAACGUGUUUUAGUUUAGCCCAUAUGCUGGUCAGUCGCCGAAAAUGUCUGUAAAUAAAGAUUUAGAGGUAACCAUGAAGGAAAGUGGGUCUAAUUCAAAACAAGACGAUGUUAGAAAUGUUCCUGCAAGACAAAAAAUUGAAAAUAUGUCUUCAGAAGUUGUGGAUUCAAACCCAUACAGUCGUUUAAUGGCAUUGAAACGUAUGGGAAUAGUAAAUAACUACGAAAAUAUACGUCUCUUUACUUGCGCGGUAGUCGGUGUUGGUGGCGUUGGAAGUGUGACGGCAGAAAUGUUAACGCGCUGUGGAAUCGGACGUUUGAUUCUUUUUGAUUACGAUAAAGUUGAAAUGGCGAAUAUGAAUCGGUUAUUUUUUCAACCACACCAAUCGGGUCUGAGUAAAGUGGAAGCCGCCGCGGAAACUUUAAGAAAUAUCAAUCCAGACGUUGACAUAUCGACUUAUAAUUAUAAUAUUACCACUGUAGAUAAUUUUCAGAAUUUUAUGGACACGAUAUCAACUGGCAGUUUAACUAAAGGUCCUGUUGAUUUAGUGUUGAGUUGCGUAGACAAUUUUGAAGCUAGAUACGCUAUCAAUACUGCUUGUAACGAAUUAAAUUUAAAUUGGUUUGAAUCAGGUGUAGCUGAAAACGCCGUAUCGGGACAUAUACAGUUUAUAAAACCAGGAGAAACUGCCUGUUUUGCUUGUGCACCUCCAUUAAUAGUAGCCUCAAACAUCGAUGAAAAAACUUUAAAACGCGACGGAGUUUGCGCGGCCAGUUUACCAACAACGAUGGGAAUUGUAGCGGGGUUCUUGGUUCAAAACACUUUAAAAUAUCUUUUAGAAUUCGGCGAAGUAUCGACUUAUUUGGGAUAUAGCGCGUUAAACGAUUUUUUCCCGACGAUGACACUCAAACCAAAUCCAAACUGCGAGGAUGCUAACUGUAGAUUGCGACAAAAGGAAUUUGCCGCGAAACCGAAAAUAGAAAAAGCUGUUGAAGUGAUUGAAGAAAAACCUUUACAUGAAGAUAACGAAUGGGGAAUUUCUUUGGUAGAUGAAUGUAUACCCGUUGAGGAAAAGGCAAAGGUUGGUGAAGGCGUUUCAUAUGCGUAUGAGGCACCUGAAAGUGGGGAUGUUGAAGCGGGCGUUGAACCAACUCCUACUGAUACGUUAGAAGAUCUCAUGGCGGCUAUGAAAGCGCUUUAAGCAAUGAAUAUUUAUCUGCGAUGUACUCCAUGAUGUGCUAUUCCAUUUUUUUUUUUUAAUAUAUUUUGUUAUGAAGUUAAUUUUAUAUUUGAUUCAAAUAAAUAAAGGUUUUUGAGAAAAGAUAUAACAAA